GGACGAUCCCACCUGUGUCAAAACAACCUACAAGGAUCCGACUAGGAUAAAGGAGCAUUCUGCAUUGUGCAUGUGUUUAUGUCACCUGCACAUGAUGUUGUGGAUUUAACAACAUGGAAAUGUGUUGUUGGCUAAUAAAGACGCACAGCCAUGGAUUCAGCGUUUGAGAAGCACUGCUCGGAGCUGGUUCCCUUAGAGAGGAGCGGACACACAGCGGUGGUGGAGGAAAACCUGCUGUACGUGUGGGGAGGCUUCAGGGCAGUUGAUGGUCAAGACAUCUAUCUACCCAGUGAUGAAAUCUGGGUGUGUGACUUUGAGCGAGGUUUAUGGGACGUGUUUCAGAUGGCAGGCGAAAAACCUCCCUCAAUGUCCGGGACCUGCGGCUGCUCGCUGAAUGGACACAUGUACAUAUUUGGAGGUUACAAUAAAAUUGGACAAAGCAAUCAGAUCUAUUGUGUCAACCUGACAGACGGUAAAUACACGUGGAUGAGUAUUAAACAUAAGAUCGGUUCUGCUCCCUCACAUCGGGACAAACUGUCCUGCUGGGUUCAUAAAGGAAGGAUCAUCUACUUUGGAGGAUAUGGUGAAAAACCACUAGAGGAUAUCGACAGCAGGAACAAAAACUUCAUUAUAGAUGAAGCAUCAUGGUUAGAGGACGUUGUCUGGGGAUGGAACAACGAGGUUCAUGUAUUUGACCCUGUGCACGCCAGUUGGAGUGAACCACAAACACAUGGCUGUACUCCCACUCCGCGUGCCACCCAAGCCAGCGCCACACUUGGUUGUAGAGGAUACAUUUGUGGAGGCAGAGUUAUGGGAACCAGGAUGAGUGACAUUCACUGCCUGGACCUUGAAUCAUGGACGUGGUCAGAAAUAAUCCCAGUGUCCACCACUCCAGUGGGCAGAUCAUGGCAUACACUCACAGCAGUGUCAGACAGCUCCUUGUUCCUGUUUGGAGGUCUCAAUGUAGACUGCAAACCAAUGAAUGAUGGGUGGUUGUUUGAUGUUCAAACAAAGAAAUGGAAAGAGCAUACCUUUAAGACUAAGCCAAGGUUGUGGCACACAGCAUGUCAAGGCAAAGACUCCGAUGUGAUUGUGUUUGGUGGAAGUUGUGACUACAUUCCUAAUAUCCUCACAGGUCAUUUUAAUGAUGCACCCAUUUUCCAGAUGCAGCCAUAUUCUCUAUACAGGAUUUGUGAGAAUUAUAUUGCAAAGAAUGUGAAGAACUGCGAAGUGCUCAGACAUCAGCUUCUGCUCCUGCCUCCCAAAUUUGUGACAGCAGUACAGAGGAGGAUGUCUUUCUACAGGCGAAACAGCAUUAGUUAAACACAGUCCUUUAAUAGGCUACCAAGCACAAGACCUCAUCAUUGUUGUGAAAUGGCAUUUUUGUUUUUUUAAUAUACUGUGAAAAAUGUUUUAUGGUUUUAUAUGUACUUGUUUUUUUUACAUUUGCAUAUUACACACUUUAUACAUAUUUUAUUUUGAGUCUUCUGACCCAUGAAACUUAAAUCGGCUGCAGUUACUGUGUUGACUGUGAUGAUUAAAU